GGCAGGCGUUUGGUUGAAUGGAAGCGCGUGGGCGGGUGGUUCGUGUUUCCGUUCACAACAGUGUCAAUGUCCUCCUCCCUUCUUUUCCCUUUUAAGUCAUAGCUUUCCCCUUCCCUUCAAAUUCUCCUCAAACCCUACCUCCCUUUCCCCCCCCCCUCUUCGCGUCUUUUCGCAACCGACUGCAUCUUGGAUACUGGAAUAGUGUGCCAAUAUGAGCUCUUGGGCAGGCAAGGGACCUGCCGUCAGAAGUUAUCGGAGGAGAAAGACAGCGUUGGACCUUGACCUUAACCGUGUACCAGCUGGUGAGAAUCGUGAGCAGGAGGGACCUUCGACUCAGUCGGUGCCUCGAGAAGUUCAAGUUGAACAGCAGCAGCAGGCUACUCAACCUCCGAUGAUUGACGUGGAAGCCAUUGAUGAUGAUGUUGUUGAAUGUACCCCAAGGGCUUUUGCUGAGGCUAAAAACAAUUCAAGAAGAGUUCGUAGGAGGACUAUAGUUGAUGUUGAUCUAGAAGAUCAGACUAGGCGCAACAAACGCCGAAGAGAAUUGCCAAAUCUGAUUAUUAAUUGUGAUAAGUAUAUAAAUUUGGAAGGCGGUAGCAGUUCCAUGGAGCAAAGUUUUAAAAAGCCACCUGAACCUCCAAAGGAGCUUGUCUUCAACUGUCCAAUAUGUAUGGGCCCUAUGGUACAUGAAAUGUCGACAAGAUGUGGUCAUAUUUUUUGCAAGGAUUGCAUCAAAGCUGCUAUAAGUGCUCAGGGUAAAUGCCCUACCUGUAGAAAAAAGGUUGUUGCGAAAGAUCUUAUAAGGGUGUAUCUCCCAUCGACUAGUUAGAGGCUUUCCGUGGAAGCUGUAAAGAGGAGAACAGGGAUUGGAAGAAACGUCAUUGUACUUUGGACAAUACUGAAUGGCUGUGUUGUUUCUAAUAUGUUCCCUCAUAGCUGAUGCUUAGUCUGUUGUUGGGUAGCUGUUUCUCUUAAUUUAUCAUAUUAAUACAUGAUGACAUUUGGUAUAUAGAUAUAAUUCCUUGAUCAGGUUUUUUUUAGCUUUCAUGUUAUGAAAACUUGGUCUUUUCUUUUUGGUGAUAAUAUAGGGCAAGAGAGGCCAGUCAUGACCCAUUCUUGAGUGGGGAUUUUUUUUAUGUAAUCCCUCACAAGUUCACUGAUAGAUUUCUUUGCUUCGUUAUUAGUGGCUUAGGGCAGCAGGUUGCCAGUAUGAAUAGCUAUCUGAUUUGGCAAACUGUUUUGCAGUACUAGUCCAGCGUGUUUAGUUUUGGUUUACAUGAUAUAUUCAUUUGCUGGUUAAAUA